AUGGGCCUCUUAACCAGCUCCUCCGAGGCUCCCCCAAAAGCCACGCGGGAGGAGAUGCGAGACGCCAAACUUCCCCUAGCCUACCGGGACAGCUGCGCGAACCUCCUCAUCCCCCUGAACAGAUGUCGAGUCGACACGUACUACCUGCCGUGGAAGUGCGAGGACGAGCGACAUAGCUACGAGAAGUGCCAGUACGUCGAGUUCAAGAAGCGCGUGGCCCGGAUGGACGAGCUCCGGGAGGCCAAGGGCGGUGCGCGGAGUAACUGA